UCAAUAUAGAGCCACUCAGAGUACCACUCAGUGACACACGCCCUGGGAGGCAAGAGAGACUAGACAUACCCUCAGGCCUCUGCACAGACAAGCUCACACCACCUCUGCAGCCUUCCUGGCACCCUUCUCCCUGUCCUUGGCCCUGCUUGCAGCCCCCACCCCCCUGCGCUCCACUUUGCUUCUGACCCAGUGUGUCCCAGAAAUCACAGAAUCACCACGGGAGCUACUGGCCCACUUUGUCAAGCCACAGAAAAUGAAGCUAAAAUUAGCUAAGGACAGACAGGUGGACCAAUCCACCCCAGUAUCCUGCCCUCCUGGCCAGAGCCUGGCCUCUUCACCCCAGGGAGGCUAAGACUGACUUUUAUAGUAAAGGCGAGAUGGAGGUGUGAGUUUUGAGCCUGGGGCAGCAGGAGGUGCCCGAGAGCUGGUGACUUCACUGAAGUGUGGCUGACCACGUUUGGAGGGUUGCUGGGGAAUGAGCUGUCCCUGGAGGGGAUGGAGGGACACAAAUGUGGGUGGAUGAACAGAAAAGAGAAGUUCCCCCGAGCUGUACCCAGGGGACCUAUGAGAGGUGACUGGGGCAUAUGAAGAGGAUGUGUGGGUGGAGGCGAAACAGUCCAGGUGACAAGCUGUGGUAGCCUGGGUGGGCAUGGGCUGCUGCGAGUGACCUGUAGGUGUGUUUCAGGGCUGGCACAGCAGGGUGGGUGGGUUGGCACUGUUUGGUACUGCUGCCUCCACCGAGGAGAACUUGGAUUGGGUGGGGUGGCUGGGGAGAGGGCUAAGAAGUGAACUGCAGCGAUAUGGGACCAGGAGGUGGGGAGGGUCAACACUCUCAAAGUGGCCUCCUGAGGGUUGGCUCCUUUCCAAAUGCGGUCCUCUUCUCUCCUGUUCACCCCCCCCCCCACUCCCCACUCUAGAACCGGAAAGCAGAAUGUCUGGUCUGGUCCCUCCCACCCCACACCAGGCCCGGCUCCUGCACCGUUGCCAUGGAGAUGGGAAGCAGUGGAGGGUACUGCUGACUUUGGGGGAGUGGGGAUGGGCUGGGGGGAGGAGGGUUGGGGAAGGAAAGACGAAAUGUUUAAGGAAGAGAGUUCCAAGAACUGUAGGCGAGCAGGCAUCUAACCGCGGGCUGAGGACCCCUCCCCCUCGUGGGGACCGAGCUCUGAAGUCCCCACGCCCCAGUUGGCCCUGUUGCCCAACCUGCGGGGGCUCCGGAGGAGACUCUGGGCCUCCAGUUCAGUCCGCUGACCGCCCUACACCACAUACCACCUGGCAGUAUGACCUCAGCCACUCCCCCUCGGCUGACCCUGGCUGACAUCCCCUCUGCAGCCUCUGCUCUACAGGAACUGGUGGCAGGUGGGAUGAAAGGAGGCCCUGGGGCUGCCCAUUGGGAUGGGAAGUAAUGACAGUCUUGCUGGAAAUUCUAAAGGCGAAGAGGUGUUGGGGACCAAGGAGACCCAAGGGGAAGAAGAGGAAGAGGAAACCACAUCACCUAUUUCCAGUUCCAACCCUUUCCCCAGCCCUUCUCCCACACCAGAGGACACCAUCAGUUACAUCUUGGGCCGCUUGUCCGGCCUGGAUGCAGGCCUACACCAAUUGCAUAUUCGACUGCACACUUUGGACACCCGUGUGGUCCAGCUGACCCAGGGACUGCGGCAGCUGCGAGAUGCUACAAGUGAUACCCACGACUCCGUGCAAGCCCUAAAGGAGGCACAGGUCCGGGCUGAGCAGGAGCACGGCCGCCUGGAGGGCUGUCUGAAGGGCAUGCGCCUGGGCCACAAGUGCUUCCUGCUCUCGCGGGACUUCGAGACCCAGGAGGCCGCGCAGGCGCGGUGCAAGGCUCGGGGCGGGAACCUAGCGCAGCCGGCAGACCGCCAGCAAAUGGAUGCGCUAGGCCGGUACUUGCGCGCCUCGCUCGCCCCCUACAACUGGCCGGUGUGGCUGGGCGUGAACGACCGGCGCUCGGAAGGGCUCUACCUUUUCGAGAACGGACAGCGCGUGUCCUUCUUCGCCUGGCACCGCGCGCCCAGCCCGGAGCCUGGCGCCCAUCCUAGCGCGGCAUCACAUCCACUCAGCCUGGAUCAGCCCAAUGGCGGCGUCCUGGAGAACUGCGUGGCGCAGGCCUCAGACGACGGUUCCUGGUGGGACCAUGACUGUGAGCGGCGCCUCUACUUCGUCUGCGAAUACCCUUUCUAGAGAGCCAGUCCUUGCCUCAGAGCUCUUAAGACACAUUCUUCUCCGUGUACCCUGCUGUCCGGGAGCGCUCAGAGGUUUACAAUAACCAUGAAUAAAUUUUAAUAAGAAAAGGCUUUUUAUUUUAGAUAUUUGCACCCAGGGUGGUUGAGGUCAGGUGUGCCCUUGAGAGAACUCCAAAGACGCAGCCUCUAGCCGUAGCCCAGAGCUUAUAAAGGCAAACUCCGCAAGAUUGCACGUAGUGCCUACGUGUAGGGCAGGGGCUUAUUUGCAGUCGUCCUGGUCAUCUUUUGAUUACAAAAGCAGAAAUAGCAGUCUUACUAUCUUGCUAGAACAGCACAUUUUACAAGAUCGGUCACUUUAAGAAGAGUCUCACAUCUGGUGUCAGGAUAAGGGAAGUGGGCUGACAGGAGCGCAUCGUGUUAGAGGCACUCUCUGCUUUUGGUCUCUCAGGCAGAGUAAGUCUAAACUUUUCAGUGGAAUGUUUACCACCACACCUACAUCGUGCGCCCUGAGCCCCACGCUGUAUGCCUGUGCUUUGCACCCUAUAUAGUGCGCCAUGCAUCUUGAACCUUCCUUGGGCCCCGAAGUGCUACCAAUCCUGGAUGUUUGGGCUCCCCUGAGACAUAGCCUAUGCAGCCUCCCCAUGUCCCCAUCUGUCCUCGAAGCUUCAAGCUCCCAGCUAAGCUUAGUGCCAAUAAACCCUUCCAUAAUAUAAUUUGAGGGACUAUGGAGACAUCUGACCUUUAUUUUGCCUGGGGAGAAUCAGGAAGUACCAGACCCUGACUUUGGAUACUUGUACUUGUCUUUUUAAAAUACAGAAUGUUGGAGAGCACAUGCGCACAGGAACACGUAGUUGUGCACAGAUGUUUGGUGUACUCAUGCACCCAUGCAGAUGGCAACAUCCCUAGCCUGCUUUCUCGGGGGCCUUUAGGAGCUGAGCCCUGUCACUGCUCCUCAGCAGAGAGAUGAGGUGUGCUCUAGGUCCUGCCGUUUAAUCUUGUUUUGUGUUGACCAGGGUUCUCAGACCUGCUUUCCCUGGGCAUCGAUUCAUCAAGCCCAUUCCAGAGAGGAGAGGCAUCCACUCCAACCUUACGCCUCAUAACUUGCAGAGCAUGCGGUCAGACAGGGGGAACACUCGGGUUCCCUCAGUUACUUCCUAUCCUGGAAGCUAGAUCAGUCUUCUCCUCUUGGAGCCCAGGUCUCAUGCAGGUCCUCUAGCAAGCCCCACCUUCCCCUUCCAUGUGGUGUUGGCCUACAUUUCCCAGUAUGCCUGAGGACCAUAGAUCAGCUGUCUCCAACGAAAACUGAAUUCUCUCCAUCCACCGGGCUUGCAGCUAGGGAAAUGUAGUCCAGUCCCUGGAUGGUUGCAUAGUAAUAAUACCUUUCCAACAAGAGUUCAAACAAACAAAAAAUUGGAAAACUUGUGAAUUUUCAUUGACAGAUGGUAACAAUUUUUUAAAAGUGAAAUUGCUUCAUAUUAAAUACAUACAUAUGUAUAGGAAAUGGUUAGAAAAUUUGGGUGUUAACUAUUGAUCCCAAAGACCACCAUCCUAAAUCAUGGCUAAAUUAAUAAAAGUAAACAAGCAAUUAAAGCAAGUCCCCGUUUGUGUACACCAGCUGCCUCCCCCUAAGGUAGGGUUCGCAAGUUCAGGCACUAAACGUGAGGAAG